UUUUGGCUUAGGGAUUUUCCAAUACCCUGUAGAAACAUUUGUCAUGUGCUUCUGAUUCCUUUGUUUCAAUCUCUCUGAUACAACUGUCUGAAGUGCUAGUUUCUCUCUUGAUAGGAAAGCUCUUUCCACAUGCUGAGAUCUUUAAAUGGAUGAUGUAUGGAAAUGAUGGAAAGCAUCCAGCAUGUGACCCGUCCUACUUUGGCCGGAGAGAAUUUUCCUUCACACUGGAUAAUGACAUUUAUCUGCGCUUCCAAUCGUUCAACAACGCGGCUGAACUGGAAAGUUCUAUCAAAGAAAAGUGCCCAUUUAAGAUUGAUAUUGGACCUGUAUACAGUGUAGAUCCUGCUAAACGGCAUGCAUAUGCACAAGGUGGUAAUAAUGUUUUCAUGCCAGUAGAGAGGGAGCUCGUUUUUGAUAUUGAUAUGUCCGAUUAUGAUGAUGUUCGGUACUGCUGCUCAGGAGCAGAUGUCUGCUUAGAAUGCUGGCCAUUGAUGACCAUCGCCAUUAAAGUGAUGGAUAUUGCUCUCAGAGGGUAG